GGGACGUUGGACCAGAUGAGCCGCUGCGGUCCGUUCCGGGCCGGGCUGGAAGUCCCUUCUGUGACCCGUGAAGGGCGCGUCAGCCCCGCCGGCGGCGGCAGCAGGGCGGGGGGCACAAAGGCCGCUCGGAACGGCGGCGGCGGCGCGGGCGGCCCCCGGGGGACAGCAUUGGCGGCGACACCGGCAGCAGCGCGGGAGGGUGCGGCUCGUUCCUGCUCGGCACUUCCGGCGGGGCACUUCCGGCGGCGGGCGCCAUGGGGAGCCGCGGGCAGGCGAGUGACAGACACACAGACAGACACACAGACACACAGACACACAGACACACAGACAGACACGCGUAUGCUGUCCGUGGUUUUGAAGCUUUUUAAGUUGUUACAUAGAACACGGCAAGAAGUUUUUAAAAACGAUACCAAAGCCCUCGAAGCUGCAAGACAAAAGAUAAAUGAAGAAUUCAGAAAUAACCGAGACGAGACAUCUGAAGAGAAGAUUAAUGAGCUUCUUAAAAUAGCUUCAGAUGUUGAAGUGAUUCUCAGAACUUCUGUUAUUCAGGCGGUUCACACAGAUUCUGACAAAAUAGUACUCAUACCCAGGAAAGAUCUGCUACAGGACAACACUCCUUACUUAGAUAAACCAACAAAAAAACAAGAAUCCUGAGGAAAUAUUGUUACCAGGAAAAAAGAGACUGAAAUCAACUCACUGAUUUUAUUGAGUGCUGGAAUAUCAUCAUGCGCUUGUUCCGUGGAAGAUAGUAAUACUUUCACAGAACUUAAAAGUACACUCAUGAAUUGUGUUACUUCAGCCAGGAAUGUUUCUGAUUAUGACAUCUCUCAGACAGAGAUUGUUUCCCAGCAAUCCAGAGUUUUUCAAAGCAAUUUAAAAAUUAAAUGGAGUACUUAAUACUGAUAAUAUUUAUUUUAAAGUUUAAUGUCAAUCAUAAGCUUCUUUGAAGUAAUGAAAAAUCAUCUUGUGGCAUAUAAUGUUAAAUUUAUUCCUUGCACCAAAAGCAUGAUUUCUGAAGUUGUCAUUAAUUGUACACUAGUAUACUGUGAUGGUUGAGAGAUUUCUUAAAGGUUUGUCCGAAUAAAUUAUUUGUGUUUUACAGAUGGGA